UGUUCGCUGCAUGCAUUAGUUUCUGUUGUGGCGUCGCCGUGUGAGAGUGCAUAAAUUUAUAUGGUGUACCGGUUUAUAACUACAGUGGACGUAACAAGUGUUUUUACUUGUUGAGUGUACGUUUUUUGUUCCCUAAUUCCAUCUUCCUGUCGCGAUGGCUUCGCCUUCUACACCCAGGGGUAGAGGAUCUAAAAAAAUGGGUCCCAUCAGCGAGUCCGGAUUAUAUUACAUCGAGUCUCAGGAGGAUCUAGACACUUAUUUUCAGCAAAUGAAAGUCUCCUCGGACGAACCGAGCUCGCCAUCUUCAUCUUCAAUGUCUACAUCUUCUUCGUCUUUUACAGACCACCUCUGCCGUGGUUUUCCGAUGCAGUUGCACGUACCAGAGGCGUUCGCUGCCCAUGAAAAGAAGCCGAAAAAUAUGACAAUCAACACCAACAACAGCCGUGAGAAUAAUAACGAAUAUCAGUCUCAGAUGCAAUUUCAUGUGAACGAGAAUUUGAAAUCGCCCACAAAGACGCAAGAGGAUGAGAACAGAACUUUGAGGUUUGUGGGUCGCCGAGGGCUGGCGAGUGGCGAUGGUGUGGAUAUCAAGAGCGUGAAGGGUACAGUGAGAGGUGUCAAAAACAGGGUCAGGGCUGGCAUAGCCAAUUUCGAGUUUAAACCACUGGAUAAUAAAAAGAAAACGGCAGUAGUUAACUCUGCAGAUGAGGUCGGUAGGAUAAUCAUCUACACGACCAGUGUAAGGAUCAUCCGACAGACUUUCGAAGACUGCCAGUACGUCCGCAAAGUCUUCCAGAACCACAGGGUGCGGUUCGAGGAGCGGGAUCUCUUCAUGAACGCAAAACAUCAACAUGAGCUGGAGGAGAGACUAGGCACCACGGCAGAUAUCAACCUGCCUAUCUGUUUUAUAGAUGGAGAGUUAGUUGGGGAUCUGAGGAAACUGGAAGAACUCAACGAAAGCGGAGAAUUGAGAAGAAUUCUAAAAAGAUUUGAGAAGCACAAUCCUAUGAUCAGCUGCAAUGGGUGCGGCGGUCAUCGCUACAUACCCUGUACAUUUUGCAACGGUAGCAAGAAGUCGUUAUUACGUAACAACUGGACAGACUCCUUUAUAGCGCUCAAAUGCUCGUACUGCGAUGAGAAUGGCCUACAGAAAUGCCCCGAGUGUCACAGGCAGUAGUCUAUUUUUUUUAUACUUCAAAUUUAUAAUUAUUAACUGAAUUCAAUUUUGUGCAAGAAUCUAUGUGCAUAUGAUUGUAAAUAAAAGAGUUUAGUCAGGAGCUUUAUCAUAGUAUCUAUUAUUGCAAGGAAAUGUAGUUAUUUUGUAUCUAGCCUAAAAAAAACCCCAAUAAAGACAAAGACUUGAUUGUUAUUGUUCAAUGACAUUGUAAUAUGUCUUUAUUCAAUUAUGAAAUUUGAGAUAUAAUGUCUUGAAUAAUCUAGGCAAAAACUCAAGUUUGCAUAUUAAAUGUGUAGGUAUUAAGGGCAGCCUAUUUGUGGAAAGACGCUAUUGAAAUUUCAUAUUCAGUUUUGUGCAAGGAUUUCUUUACAAAUUUACCCUAAGUUACAUCUUAAAUUGAUAUGUCAAGAGGAGUUUUUUUUAUAGAACAUAGCUGAACAUUUUCCACUUUAAAGAGCCUAUUUAUAUGCCAAAUUUUUAAAAUUGUUAUUUUUCAUAUAUCUGUUUUGCCUCUGGACUUAAAUUUCCAAACCAACACUAGAAAACGAUAUUUACAGGUAGAUAGAUAUUCAUGUAACUUAAGUUGAAAGAAUACAUGUUAUGAGGGUUUCAUAAUGUUUAGAACCAAAAUAUAGCACACAAGAUUCAUCCACCCAAAAUGGAAGUCCUUUCUAAUUUCUUAUUUCUAACUCUUAUUUCUGUUGUAAAUAGCACAUACACUAUUUUCUUAUUAAGUAUUUUGAAAUUAAAAUAUUAAAAAAUUGAAUAUUUUGUAUGUUUCUGUGCAGUAUAUGCAAUUCAUGUUGUGAACUUGAUUGUCGUGCAAAGUGUAUUUUUGUUAAACCUGUCAUUUUUCUGCAGUUGAUUCUAUUGUAUAUUCUGGAAAAAUAGAUUUAAAAGUAUAAACUUAUAUAUAUAUUUAUAUAUACCAUAUAUUUGUAUACUGAAGAGAUAAUUUGUACCACAAAAUUGAAGAAUAACGGUGGAUAAAGAAUACUUACUUUCUGUUGGUAUUGUCCAAUUUUAACUUUUUGUUCAUUCUUGCAGUUUAUUCUGACUUGUGCCAGAUGAAAGCUUUAUUACGUUUUUAUUCACUGCUCUUCUUCAAUUCUAUUUGUAUACAUCAUAUUGUUGUAAACCUUUAAUUAUGUCUCGUCUUUCACUCAGCGCCUUACAUGCCUCAGUCAUGAUCAGUCAUUUCUUUUCUUAGAAUCUAACUAACACUGAUAAAUUAGAUUCUUGUUUGAUAUUUCUAUUGUAGAGUGUAUUCAGCUUGAAAUAUAGUAAUGCUGCUACAAUGUCAGAUGAUAAAUUCAGGGGCUCAUCUAUAAAAAAUAGACCUUUUGGCAUUUAUAAUUUUUGAUUGAGAUUGCAUGCAAAGACUGAACAGUCAUUAUAGGAAUACCAGUUGUAUAUUUUACUGAUGUCUCCAUGCUUUACCUUUUUCCUUUUGUAAGUGAGUGCCUUACUCCUGAUGAGAUACAACCAACCAUGUCAAGAAUAUGGAGUUUCUUCAAAAAACUGUAAACAAGUAUGGAAAAGCAGAUCACAAAAUAUUUUUCUAUUAUCCAUGCAUCACAAAAUGAGUUGCAUUUAGGUAAAGCUAGGAUCUAUCGUGAAGUUUUUUUUUUUUUCAAACACUUCAUUAGGGAUGCCAAGGUUUUGGGUUCAAAUCCACAUUUUCCACUCUUUCAACCAGUUGUAGGAUUCAUUCAUUAAAAUGUACUGUGCCCUAGUCGCUGCAACUAAGGGUGGGGCAAUCAUUUCCAAAGUUCUUUGGAAGCACAUUCAGACACUGUAUGAACAAAAGAAUAAAUAUUAUGUUGUCAUAAAGUUUGCAAAGAGGCCUUGUCCUACAUGUAUAAAAUACCUAAUCACUUUGUAUCAAAUGCCUUGCAAUUAUACAUUGUACAUUUGUAAUAUAUAGCAUGAAAUAUCCUAUUUAGAAUUUCUGAAACGGGACAUGUUAAUGAUACAGGGAAAGGUGCAUACUCUUAUUUAUUUGAUGAUGUUGUAGAUGGAAAUAAGAGAAUUUUUUUAAUGGAACACCUUGCCAAACUUUGAUAUAUAUACUUCUUGUAAUCACUUGCAUGUUACUCAGUAUAUACUAAGUUUUGCUAAGAUAUGAUGUACAUAAUUGCUUAAUUUUGUAAUUAACAGCUAUGAUUAUGUAUGCAGAUUGUUUGUAAAGAUGUUAGAGUUUGCAAUGGCAUAUUAUAUCUGAGGUGGUUCCAAAUAUCUACUUUUGAAAUGCUGAAGCAAAUUUGGACAUAUAUAUAUAUAUAUAUAUAUAUAUAUCCUGCUGCUUGAUUAUAAUAUGUGCCUAACUAAAGGUCGUUAGCAGCAAGCAUUAUUACAAAUACACUACUAGCAACGCCUCUGUUAACGUCAUUUUGAUAGGCACGAGUUAAUUCAUUGAAUCAAAAUCAGCUGAAUAUUCUUUAACGAUUACUCCAAACCGACUCUAAACUGACCCAUGUUGAGGGUAAUGUGAGGUUAAGUUGGGCCCAUUGUCAGCCUUGUGUCAGUUUUUGUUGAUUAUGACAAAGGACGAGGAUUAAGCUUCUUGAUAAAACCAAGGUAAUACUGAUUAGCUUCAGAGUGACUUUGACACUGUUACAAAGUUUCAUAGCUUUUGUGCAUGGUUAGGUGUUGAGAACUUGUAUGGUAAGAACCCUUUGUGCAUGAAGUAUUUUUUGGAUGAUAUACACUUGAAAACAAUAAGAACAUGGGGAUCAGUGAAUAGUGAGAAUCACAAGGCUUUGAAAGGAUCUUAGCAGAUCUCUAAGGCUCUUCUUCCCUUUCAAGGAAACUUUAAUAUGCUUAUAGAGCCGGAAGGACAUUUAAUCACAUCCUCCAACUUGGAUUUAAUGCUCUUCUGGCUCUCCAAAGAACUGGUAUCAACCCUCAAAAACUAAUAAUAACUCAAAGACACAAGUACCAUUUUUAAUCCUCAAACAUGACUUGUGUACACCUGUAUUUGAAUGUGAAGUUGUCCACAUAGAAGGGCAAGAGUUCUUGAGUCUUGACAACGUUCAAGAGGUGCUUACUUUUCAAGUUCAUGUUAAGAAUACUUGGACCUACUUGAAGCUAUUUCAGUAACAAGAUCCAUCAUCAUAGACACUGUUCACAUCCUUGUCAUACCAGUUAGUCAUCAAUUACUCGCAAGUAAUCCUCCCCUUCUAAAUCCCAUCUUACAUCAUUCAAAUUCAUGUCAUGAAUGAGUAAGCUAUUGCCAACACCCCUCCCCCCUCCCCGUCUCUCAAAGAUCCAAAGAUCAUAUUUGCCCUGUGUCUGUUUUUUCAGAAAAUAAUAUUUUCUGUGUUUUGCAUGGAGAAAAAAGAGAUUGAUUGCAUUGUUGGGGAUUAUGAAACCAAGUUAUAUCUUUGGAGUUCCUUUUAUUCGUUUUCAUCCUAUUUAAAAUCUAGUUUUGAGAUCCUCUUGUGUGAAAAGAAACAAAUUGUUGGUUUCGUCAGGAACUGAUACAUUAUAAAAAUAUAUUAACAAUAUUUGCCAAAAGUUUCCCUAUAUUAACUUGCUUAAGUCUUGGGGUCACAAUGUACUUUGAUAAGUUAUGAAAUUUAAUUAUCAGUUUCUGUUUUGUGAUUUCAAAAGAAAAUUAAGUCUAUCUGGUUUUGAAGGAAGUUUGGUCUCAAAAUUGAUAAAAAAUAGGCAUAAAAUUCAUACCUUAAAAACCCCAGCUUAAUUGUAUCUGCAUAUUGAUGUUGCAUGAAGAAGGUGUUUCUUGUUUUCUAGCAAUUUACUUUGACGAGAGCAGGUUUAUCUGCUGAAAGAGUUAACAAAAAUUAUACAAUGACCAUCUCAGUUAUACCAGUUACAUGUCUCUUGCAAGAAUUUUGUCUGAAAGAUGUACACAUCGGUGUAGACAAAAGUAGGGGCUCGAGGGCAAUUACCCCAACCCCCAAAUAAUUGGGUUUAAGAUAUUUCUCAACAUAUGCUUUAAUUUGUUGGCGCAAUAAGAAUCCUGUUGGUAGUACUAGGUGUCAGCAAAUAUUAGCUCUUCUUCUUCCUGUUCAGUUUUCAGGCUAUAUUCUGAAUUUACGCUCAUCUUCAGUUUUUGUUAUGCUUCAUAUUGUAUGCAGCACGUACAGAGCUCCAAUGAACCCCUUUUUAGGCUUAUUGGAUUUAACCAACUGUUCUCCCACCUUCUUAUCAAUAUUAUUUUAUUGGCACAUUCACUCUCUUCCCCCAUCACACAUAUAAAAUUAAAAAACAUGUGGUUACACUCAUAGAUGUACAGAGAAUGUAUGUGCAUGUCGAACUGCUCACCAUGAUCUUCAUGGUAUUGAAACCAGGAAGUGACUCCAUGAAAAAUAAAUCUUUUUGACUUCAGAGCUGAACUCAUACUGAUGCCUUAAAAAGAAAUAAGAGUAGGGGGAGUAUACCUUCACAAAUAUCAUCAACAUUUUAACUAAAAUGUGUUUUUCAUUUGCCCCCAACUGUUGUCUUCAUGGAAAUAGAAUCUUAAGGUGCAAAAUAUUGAGUAAUGAGGCAUCAUAAUGUUUUAAAAUCUUUAUCCUUUUCUCUACAUCAAUCAGAGUAAUGUAAUGUAUUGUGUACUUAAGGCAUUAGGGAGAAUGAAUAAACAUAUUCUUGUAUCACAAAUGCUUUAAUGUAUUUUGGGAUAUUUUUUUUUCUUCUUCAAACAUGAUUGUAUUGUUUGAACAUCAUUACAUGUAAUUCCUCUACAUUUUUUAAAGGAACAACUUCAUGAUAAUUUUUGAAAUGCCAAUUUAUUCAUCAAAUUUGCUGCAUAUUUACUUCUUUUUUGACAUAAGAAUAGUAAAAUGUUCCAAAUUAAUUGGAUAUGUACGAUCCUAACUUUCAGUGUAAAUGUUCGAAUAUGGUAAUUGUAUUCAGGAAAAGGAUUAACUGUUUCCCAAAAAUUACAAAUUCUAUGUACCAUUGCUCCAGAGUUUUCAGUGCUUAUUCAGUAGAUACAUUUUUGAAACUUGAUUCUUAAAACCUGUAUUCAUUCAUAUUCAAAUUGAUUCGGAAGCAGUUAUAUGAUAUUUGCCCUUGUGAAAUAGUGAAAAAGCAAGGAGUAUCACCUUUAACUAACAAUGACUCAGUUCUAUAUGUAAUCCAAAUCACCUUUCAAAUGUUCAUGCAAGUCUCAUGCAAUUUGUUCAGUGUAUGUUCUUCUCUUUUUGUGCAUGUACACAAACCCAUGCCCUCGUCCUAUAUUGUUUGAAUAGCAGGUGUGUUAUUAGUGAUUGUUGAAUCGUUCAAUCACUGAAUGCUAGGAUUUUGUUUGCAUCUAUUCAAACUUUUUUAUUUAAAAAAAGUAUUUCCUCUUUUAUCUAUACGUCUAACAGUUGUAACUAUUGUGUAUAAACCAGGAUUUGAACCAGGAAAUGCGUGAAUAAAUUUGAAUGCAUGUAUAGACUAUUAUGGAACUUGCAUGGCGUAUGGAAGGUUAUGGCGCUCAUUGGGGCCUCCUUACAAAAAUUGAAUGGGGUGCCCAACCAAAUUUGCCAACAGAGGGGAACAAAAUAUAUUUUUUGCUGCAGGAAGUAAGAAAGAAAAAUAAGUUGAAUACUAACCAACAGCAAUUAAAUAUUUUCAGACAACAGUUAAAGAUUUGCCCGCCCCCCCUCCAAAAAAAAAGGGAUAUUACUUCUUGUGGGUUAUAUCAUAUGAGCACAUGGUCAUGUUGUUAAAAUCUUAAUUAAGAGGUAUGAACAGGUAGGCCUAAACUAUACUGAUUUCUUGUUUCUCAGAAACAAAGGCAUAUUUAUGAUGAUGAAUAAUGAUAAUAUUAAUUAUACAUGUAUUUGUAUUAAAUGUAUUUGUAUAUCAAUUUACAUUUACACUCCAAUUCACUAAACUUGUAUCUAAAAGACUUUGAAAUACAUGUUAUCAUCAUGAAAGUAUCAUGCAUUACUGGGUUUUUUGAAACACAAUUUACAGAUAUUUUUAAUGCUCUACUGCAUUUUUGCCUUAAGUCAUAGUUUUGUGAAAUAUGUUAAAAAUUUAAAAUAAAAAAAUGCUCCGUUUUUAUAUAGAAAAAUGGACAUGAGAACAUACAAUAUUUAUCUAGAACAAGAAGAACAUAAGUAAAUAGACAUUUACUUUACACAGCACUGGCAUAACAGCCUUUUUUUAAGUCGGAGGUUAAUACGUAAGUGUAAGUAUUUAUUCAGAUACCCAUAUUCAACCAUAUAAAUGAUGAAAGAUAUUCCAAGGCUAAUGAUAGUGUAAUACAGUUUAAAUGCUUGUAAUGUGUAUUUGCUUAGAUAAAUAAUUAGUUGCAACAUUCUUAAUGGCUAAAGUCGUGAUAUCCAAUGAUGACUGCACAUAAUUAAGUAUCCUGAAUUUUUUGCAUAUUUUCGUGACUGAAAAUUUGUAUAUGGAGCAAUUGAUAUUCGAAAAGUGUCAGAAAGUUAAAUUUUUGUAAAAAAUUGUUUCAUUUGAUAUUUUUGUUUGUAAAUUUGAUUGUUUUCGCUGAUUUUGUACUGGUUUACAGCCUGAUGUGGUGAUACAUGUAAACACAUCAAGACAGUAAAAAGUUUUACUCAGACAAAAUAAAGAAGAAGAAAAUAUUGAUACAAAAAAAA